GCAUACAAAAGCUUAUGUAUAGCAUGUUAUUUUAAUUUAAACUGCCAACCACUGGGGAAAAUAUUAUUUUGACAUGUUUAUUUUUCGUUUCAAGUUUCUCCAUUACUACCGAGUAUUUGACGACGCCUGUUGCGGGCAUUAAAAUUCAAGGUUCUACUACUAUCUCUAAUGGGAGGAGUAUUGAAUCUCUUUAGCUGUUAGAAGGUAGUUUAGAAUAAUGCCCCUCAAGAAGAUUCCAUAUCAUCAUAGUAAAGAACUAUCUUUAUAACAGAACCUACACAUACUCGAUGUGCAAAAUUAUUUAACCCUCUUUAUGUGAGAAUCUUGAAGCUCCAUGAUGAAACUUUGGAUUUUGCAAUUGGGGAAAAAUCCUUAACAUCUGCGAAGAUAGUAGAGAAAUUCAAAGAAAGAAGAGACUAGGAGGAAAAAGCACGCGGGAUAGAUGGCAAUAUUGAAUCACGGAUAUCAAAACAUAUAGUUAGUUCAGUCGUUGUCCCUUUGGACAAACCCAAGGUUCAAUUUUUUUUUUUUUUUUGUCUUUUUGUCUAAUUCUUGUUUAAAGCUUAUGGUGUGAUUUUGUGAGGAGGCGGCAGCUUCCAAGGGUCUGGUUCAAAUUGGAAAAAAAGAAGUAUGAAAGAAAGAAAUUAUUGCCCUUCCCUGUAAUUCUUCUCCAAUAUCUAGCUUGACAAACUAUUAAAUUCCUGCACCAAUUUCGAGUAUAUAUUCCUUAAAGGUGUCGUAUAUCAUCUAAAUUCUGAACGCCUGGGUAAUGUGCCGACUACAACGAUUACAUUUUUUCCAUGGGAAGCUUCAUCUGGAAUCGCCUUUGUUAGCAAUGGAUCUUGUACAGUUAAAAUUAUAACUGAAAAUAUUCUUCAUUUGCAGUAGGAAGGUCUACCAAAUUAAAGAAUAAUCAUUAUAUUCUUCAAUAAAGAAAUAAUUUUUCCAAAUAUUUACGGUAGGCAUUAGUCACAAAAGUUUGUUACUCCCUGACUUAUAGGAUGAUUAGAAUGGAUAGCUAACCAUGAAAAAAAUCCAAGGAAAAUUUUGAAAAUUCAUCGCUAAAUUCAGUGACUUGAGCAGGUAGAAGGGUGUGAAACAGGGAACGUCAUACACAGGAAAAAAUGAAGAUUUAGAGAGUUUAAGAGAGACUUCGUUUCCCGUCUUGGAAAGCGGAAGGUGUGGGAAUGAUUGCCUUUUACCUAUUUACUUGUCAACGGAACCAUAUGACAUUUAAUAGAAAUCUCUAAAAAUAGGAAUCAAUCUACUGUGACUCUCAAAAGGGUCUAAUUUGUAGUAAGUAGUUAUGUUAUAAAAUGAGUUGGAUUUUGUGAUAAAUAUUUUGCUACGUUCAGGUUGUAGGACAUAGUUUGUUAGAUAUCUGAAACAUGAUUUUGGCUGUGUUUAUCACAACCAGUGACUUCUUUUGCAGUCAUGAUGAAAUUAGACAUUCAUGAGCAAUUAUUUAUGAGACCACAUUAUGAUAUUAUGAUCUUGUUUUUGCUCAUGUUUUACUGUGAAUGCAUAAUUUAUGACAUCGGCAACAACAUCCCAAUGCACAUCAUGGCUGAGAACUUUCUUUCUCAUAGAAUCAAUACCGAAGAGCUUCAUGUGAUCAUAUUAUUGCAUACACAAUCAUGGAUUCAUCUUCCAGAGGAGUAAGACUGACUACAUGCAAAAAAAAUUUCCACCAUUUAAAGAGCUGUUUGCGGUAGAAUUAUAAAAAUUUGAUGUCAGUGAUUCUUAUCCUGGUGAUAACCAAUAUUGGCGGAAUAUCAAUGUUAGAAUAUGACGCCGUGUGUAACUUGUUUGAAGAACAAAGGGUGACUGCUGCUUUGAAAUGACUUGAUGGUCAAUGACACGAUAAAGAAAAGCCUGGAGCAAAAUAUCCUGUAAUAUCCAGUUCUUGACAUUUUGAGGGUAAGCCAUAUCGUGGGUGAUUAAAACUCAAUUAUGAAUUUCAGAAGACCAAUAGCCAGAUAUGAUUUUGUUGGGACUUUAUCCAGAUAUUCACUUCCUGUGGCACAUUUAGCUGAGAAUUUUGUCAUUUCCUGCCAGAAUUAAAUACCUCUCCUGUCACAAAGUUAUACUUCACAGCAAGAUAAGGACUCUGUCGGCUUUCCAUUAUCCCAAAAGUUUCCCCAUUAACAAAGAUUUCAAAUUUUUGAAUAAAAUAUAUCAAAUACAGAUAAUAGAUAAGAGACCAGGAGAGAUUAAUUUCUGUGACUAGUCAAUAAUUAUAAAUUAUAUUCAUAUGCGAAGUGUAGCUAAGCUCAUGUGUCAGGAUUUAUAGUUUUAUUUCAUAUGCAAGCUCUUUGUAUCUAAGGAUACGCUUUGUUUCAAAUCCAACUUUUCCAAUCAAGUGUAUGUUUAAAAAUUUUUAGUAUGUCUUCUGAAACAUAGUAGGACGGAAACUAUUCUGCAUUCAUUUUUAACAGUCACAUGUAGACAAUGUGUGAUACCAUCGCAUAAACAGGCAGGGCUGGACAGAGUUUGCACUCCACAUACAUAUUAUGGCUUAGCAGUAAAUAAUAAAAUAGUAGGAUUGUAUUUGUUUGUAGCUUGGAAAUUAGUCUUUCACAUGGUGAAAAUAUCACAUGCUAAUUGUCAAGAUUUCAAUUAUUUCUUUUCUGUUAAUGUAAUAUGAUUGCCAUUAUUAUUGUUAGAUAGUCCUUAACUGAGGGAAUACUGAGACAGCCAUAUGCAUAUAGAAUGAUAGACUGGGCUGUGACUUUCAAGACUGCUAAAUCGUUAUCACUAAAAGCUAGACAAGUCAAGACAUUAAUUUUUUUUUGGGUCAAGGUGUCAGUUUUGUGCAAAGCUUGGGAAAGAGAAAUUCAUUUGUUUAAAUUUGGGGAUUUCUUAAACCAGAAAACUACAAGUUAGGAUCGAUUGUAACUGAAAGCUAAAAAUCUUUGGGCAAAACCAAAAAAGAGACUGAUUGGGAACCAAGGAAAGAUGAAAGCAACAUUCAAAUGAAACAGACCUUAACUAUGGAUACCAUUCUCUGCUUCUUUGUCCUUAUCUCAUGAAAUUAUAAACAUCACAGUCAGUGUGACUUAAAAGAUACAUCACAACAAGAGGAUACAUUUCUAUGAUAUUCUCAUCAAUCUGGCUAAAAGAGAACAAAAAAUUAAUUUUUUUUAGUAUUUGGAUGGUGUGAUAAUACAUAGAAAUAUGUAUAAUGUAUGGGUUUUUAAAAAGGUCCUCUUUGUAUUCUUAAAAGAUUUACCAGAGUUAUAGUCUUCUAGAAGAAUAUUUAAAAAUAAAAAGCCCCAUGAGUCCAACUUACCAAUCCACCUUGAAUAUAGAACUAGUUGCUGACACUUGAUAACAUCUCACAUAUUGCUAAUCUCAAGAUGAGAAUGCUAGUGUCGUCCGCCCUUCAAUCAGAAUGAUCCAAGUCACUACUCUUUAGACUGCAAAUAAACCACUUCAUAAUCACAUCCUUCAUCAGAACUGACUAUCAUGGAGUUCCACGUCUCAUAUAUUGUUACAUACAUAUGCUUCUCUUUAAUCUUUGUUCUCUCCAUAGUUAUCCUCAUCAUCAUUCUCUUUGUGGCAGGCUCCAUUACUGCCAUCCUUGUGUUUUUUGUCAAAGAAUCCAUUCAGAAGGAAGGCAGAGCCCCAAUCGCAGGAACUGACUUUCAUCAGCUUAUCUAUUUUGACACUCUCUUUGAUUACCAAACUGACAUUGCUAGAAAGCACCAGACAUAUCGCCUCCUCAAGCCCUCUUUUAGCGAUAUGUACACCAUUGCCCCUGCCAAUGUAGAGCAUGUUCUGAAAACAAACUUCUCCAAAUACAGCAAGGGGCAAUUUAAUUAUAAUGUAGUGAAAGACCUCUUAGGUGAUGGGAUAUUUGCAGUUGAUGGGGAUAAAUGGCGUCAGCAAAGAAAGCUAGCCAGCUAUGAGUUCUCUACUAAAGUUCUUCGAGAAUUCAGCAGUGAUGUGUUUCGAGCAACUGGGGUCAAGCUUGCCAAUAAAGUUGGAGAGGCAGCAAACUCAGCUGCUCCUUUUGAUAUGCAGGAUGUUUUGAUGAAGGCGACCCUAGAUUCAAUCUUUAAGGUGGGAUUUGGUGUUGAGCUGAACACACUCUCUGGCUCAGAUGAGUUUGGAUCUUGUUUCAGCAAGGCAUUCGAUGAAUCUAACUACAUCGUGUUCCGAAGAUAUGUUGACAUCUUCUGGGAAACCAAGAAAUAUUUCAACAUUGGAUUGGAGGCCAAGCUCAAGAAGAACAUCCAAGUGAUUGAUGACUUUGUGUUUCAAUUAAUUCGCCACAAGAGGGAGCAGAUAAAGUGUGGAGUAAAAGAGAAAGCUAAGGAAAACAUACUGUCAAGGUUCAUACUUGCAAGCCAGGAGCAACCAGAGGCAAUCACUGAUCAGUAUCUAAGAGAUAUAAUUCUCAACUUCUUGAUCGCUGGCAAGGACACAUCUGCCAACACCCUUUCCUGGUUCUUCUACAGAGUGUGUAAGAACCCCUUAGUUCAGGAGAAAAUUGUUGAUGAGAUCAAACAUGCAACAGGAUUUAAGGGAUUAGGAGCUGAAUUCAGAGAUUUUGCAAUGAGCUUAACCGAAAAUGUCAUUGACAAGAUGCAUUAUCUCCAUGCCGCACUCACAGAAACUCUCCGUCUGUAUCCUGCAGUUCCCGUGGAUGGGAAGGUUGCAGAUGAGGAUGAUGUUCUUCCUGAUGGCUUCAAGGUUAAGAAAGGAGAUGGAGUUUACUAUCUGGCCUAUUCUAUGGGAAGGAUGAUAUCUUUGUGGGGCGAAGAUGCUGAGGACUAUAGGCCAGAGCGUUGGCUUGAUAAUGGCUCUUUCAAGCCAGAAAGCCCAUUCAAAUUCGUGGCAUUUAAUGCUGGUCCAAGGAUUUGCUUGGGAAAGGAAUUUGCAUAUCGACAGAUGAAAAUUCUGGCUGCAAUGCUCCUCUAUUUCUUUAAAUUCAAGCUCGAGGAUGAGUCUAUGACGGCAACUUAUAGAGUUAUGUUCACUCUCCAUAUAGCUAAAGGCCUUCCUCUCCUUGCAUUUCAUAGGUGCAACUAAAGAAAUCGUGACUUAAAUUUCUCGCUUUGUGAAUGGAUGUAGUUCCUUCCCGUCCUCUUUUCUUUUCAUUGUGUGGUCCUUUUUUUUUUAAAAUCGGUAUUGUCUAAGUGUACCUACUGCUGCUUUUCUGUCGUAGAAAUACUUCUUGUAUAUUUUUGGGUUUAUUAGUGGAAUAUGGAGGG